UUUCUUAAAUAUUUCCCCAUAUAUCUUGAAUCAGCGUUCCUAAAAGUUUUCAUUUCUCUGUCUUCCAUCCCCAAUUUCUUGGCCGGGACUCCUCUUUCCUGGCUGAGUUUUUGGGUUAAUCACCAUGAAGGAUUUCAAAGCAGGUGAAAGAUGUUAACUUCGUCGGGUCUGGCUGUGCACACUCAAUCAGAUGGGAACCUGUUGUUCUUCUUGUAUGUUUUGUGGACAUAAUGGUGAUGAGGGUCAACAUGAUGUUCAUGAAGCCGGUGGGAAUGUGCACUUUAUAAAGACCAUGGAUGGUUGGGAGGCGAAGUUAUCAGAAGCAAUUGAGGAAGACAAACUUGUUGUUGCAAAUUUUGGUGCAUCAUGGUGUAAUCCUUCUAAAAGUAUUGCACCGGCCUACUCUGAGCUUGCAGCUAAACAUCCUUCAAUCUUAUUUCUAACCUUGGAUGUCGAUGACCUCGCUGAGUUGAGUACUUCAUGGGAUAUAAAAGCCACUCCAACAUUUGUUUUUCUCAAAAAUGGAAGACAAGUCGAUACACUUGUUGGAGGAAACAAGCAGGAGCUCCAGAAGAAAAUAACUGCUGUGGCUCAGUUAGCAACCAUGUCUCGUAAUUGACUCUUUUGGGAUGAUCAAUUUCUUUUCUAGUUGCGAUAUUCAGGAAAAUCAGUCAUGUUAACUGAUUUUCUUAGUUUCGCAUAGUUAUAUCAUCAAGUCAGAGAAUGUAGAGAUCAUAGAGGGAGCAAAGGCAAUGAAUAUUUUAUAAUCUCUGUUUA